ACACACAGAUGUCACAAAGGUAUCACACACACACAGGAGCUGUGCUGACAGAGAGGGGGAGACGGGGACAGUAGAGUAGUGGGAAGACUUUGAGCAGGUUUCUUGUAAAGAGGAUUUACUUUUGACUGAGUCAGAACUUUUCGAGGAGGACAGACGUGAUCGUUUAAGGAGUCUUUAGACAUAAGUCUAAGAAGAGUCUGAUUCAACCUUUGAUCAUGGAAGGAGAAUUGACCAGUAAGGAGACAUCCGAGUCUACAGAGACCACCGGCCUGAUUGACACAAACAACAACAACAGCUACAACCAGACUGAGGAGCCAGAGCUGGAGGAGAGUAAUGACCCAGAGAGGGAGCAUCCAGCAGGGGAGACAGCGGAGGGUCGGGGGCUGACAGAGGAGGGGGAGAAAGGGAAGGAGGAGGGAGGAGAAACUACUGAGCAGGGAGGAGAAGUGGAGGACAGUGUAACAGAUAAAGAAAAGCCCAAAACUCCUCCAUCGAAGCUUCCCGAGGGGGGCGCUGAAGAGGCGGGAAAUUCCGAAGACAAAGUCGUCUCCACUGAGGUCGAUGCGAAAGAUCCUGACCUGACAGGCGGAGCCGAAGACGUGGAGGGAGAGGGGAAGGAAGGGAAGAAAGGUCGGCCGGUGGAAGGGGUCAAGAAUAGCGAGGCUGAGAGCGAUGGAGAGGAGAUGAUAAACAAAAAAAAAGAGGAAAAGAAGAGCAAUACAGUAGAAAAGGCAAAAGAAGCAGAUAUAGAUGCGAGUAAAGAGGCAGAAAAUGAGGCAGAGAAGGAAAAAAAGGUCAAGGAAGUGGACGUAGAAACAAAAGACAAAGCAAAGAUUAAGGAGGUAGAAAAGCAAGGGAAGCCCAAAAGAAAGAGCGCUCCUCCCUCUUCUUCUCUCUCCCGACCAAGACCCUCAGCACGCUCCAUCAGAGCUGCAGCUAAAAACGACAUCAUUGCCAAGUUCCAGCAAGGUGCACCACAGACACCAACACCCCGCAACUUCAAAGUUCAGAGGUCAUCUGCGGCUGCGGCGACGGGAGCUUCAAUCAAACAGAAGAUGCUUCAGUGGUGUCACAGUAAGACUCGCAACUACGAGGGUGUCAACAUAGAAAACUUCUCAUCCUCCUGGUGUGACGGCUUGGCGUUCUGUGCUCUCAUCCAUCGCUUUUUCCCCGACGCUUUUGACUACAGCUCCCUGAAUCCAAAGGAGAGGGAGAAAAACUUCACUCUGGCCUUCCAAACAGCAGAGUCCCUGGCCGACUGCUGUCCUCUGCUGGAGGUGGAGGACAUGAUGUUGAUGGGUAAACACCCGGACCCCAUGUGUGUGUUCACAUAUGUCCAGUCCCUCUGCCACAGCCUCUGUAAAAUAGAGAAAGAGAGGAAAGACAAAGAGACACAGGACAAAGACAGCAAACCCGGUGGAGUUGACGAGGGAGGGGAGAAUGAUAAGGGAGCGGCGUCACCGGAGAGAGAUGAGUCUAGUGAGAACGGGAUGAUGGGGAGCCGAGAGGAGAGACGAGAAGAUGUUGCAGAAGGUGGUGGCGAGCGAGCAAACGCACCAAGCGGCUGUGAGGUGGAGGAGUCCUGAUUGAGACCUCGAAAGAAGACUGACUGCGAACAGAGAGACUGAAAAGACCAAAAGGGUGGUCGAUGGUUGUGGUGAUUCAAUUAGUAAAUCGUAGUUGGGUGUGGAUUGACUGCUGAAAAUGUAAUAUUAAUUAGCUGUAUUUCUUGAAAGUGCACUACGCUGUGUUUUUUCCUGUUUUCUUCGAGAUCACAAAGCAGAAAUGUUUAGUCUAAUAAUAAAAUGAUGGACUUGUGAAUUAGAAAGCCAAAAACCUUUGUGUUGAUGUGACGCUCAGACAAUAUGUAUAGGAAUAAAUGACAUAACAGUUGUAACGGA